ACGUGGCAUUUGUGGGGAAGAGAUUGCUUGGAUCAUGGGAAAACCACCCCCAAACAGACACUGACUACUAUGAGGUGAGGUUCAGCUAAUUGGCUUGCCCGCAGCUGACUUUGACCCGGACAGAACAGAACAUGCACAAGACUCGGAGCAAUGGUGUAGAGCAGGGCAAGUCCAAGCUCCAAACGUCGACAUUGACGCGGAGACAAGCGUCUGUUCUGUUCCACGAUGCUUCGCCCCCGCUAUUUCCCUUCUUUUUUUCUGUUUUCUCCCUCAUCACACACACAACAUUACACACCCUUAUCCCUCCCUUUCUCAUCAUUACGUCGCUUUCGUCCUUGCGUGUCUGACCAUGCAGCGAAUUUCCGUAUUCCCCAUGUGGCCAACCGAUUUCUUCUUUUACGUUUCCCGUGCACCAAGACAUGGGAGAUUUUUCCCAGGACCCUGGCCCAUAACUGACCCCCCCUUGUGUUUCAACCCUGGCCCGCCCGUUGCGGCGCCCGUCGGUGGGUUUUGACUGACAGUACUUUUUCACAGGUCACUGUAUGGUAGCAGUGAUAGGUAGGGCAAGGUUGUUUAUGGUAUGGAUCCAACCGGGGAUGUAUGAUCCUCAUACGGUUACCCGUGCUCUCCUUAUCUUUGCUACUUGGCGGGAAAGAGCUAGGGCUCUCAGGCGUGUGGUGCAGUUUGUGAUAAUAUAAGAGACCUCCCGCAUCUGCUUGGGGGUGCUGGGUUAGAAGGGGGUUGGUACUUUUUUGAUCUUGACUUUUUUUUAUAAACACAUUUAAGCCUUUUUGUUUAGCUGUCGUGCGUGUGUCGAUUUAUUAGUCCACAUUGUGAUACCCCCCAGUUUAGCUACAGCUAGCAAAGUCGUUCCUGCCCGCGACACAACAAACAACUCGUUAAAAGCCCACCCACAGGCCAUCCUUUUUGUCGAAAGUACCUCAGACAAGCCCUGUCUGUCCUUUCGCGCUAUAGUCCAGGUGGCUAUCGUUUUUUUUUCGGUUCCACAAAGCUCAAAAGCCUCUCAAUUCCGAGAUCACACCUCCAACUUCGGCUUACCCCCCACGACUUGCGUCUUGGUCUCUUCAAAGCAGGUCACGACUUUGGAAAUCCUGUGUACCUACCCUCCGAGCUAACUCCGGCCCAGCAUCCUGACGACUUUUGCUGCCGACAAGGACAAGAAAAAAAGUUGGCUCUCCAAAGUCAACUGAUUCUUGUGGAUAAUCCUUUUUUUCCACGGUGUUGCUUUACGUUGUUCCGAGGACCCCGGACGCUUCUGAGUUCAUCAGCUCUGUUGCUUCAUUUUCACCCCUGCCAUAUCUCUACUUUGCACCACCAGGCAAAUCACACACAACUCUUUUGACGCAAUGGCUCAAAAUCAGGAUGUCUUUCAGUAUUCCAUGAGCUCGAACUCGGCCUGGGCAGGCUACAAGGCUCACCAGAACCCGAACUUCUUUCCCAAACUGGCCAGCGGACAGUGGCCUCAGAUCCUCUGGCUUGGGUGCUCUGACUCGAGAUGCCCCGAGACGACCAUCCUGGGCCUGCAGCCAGGUGAUGUGUUUGUGCACCGAAACAUUGCCAACAUCAUCUCGGCAACCGAUAUCAACACGUCGGCCGUUAUCGAGUACGCAGUCAUGCACCUCAAGGUCAAGCACGUCGUGCUUUGCGGCCACACUGCCUGCGGUGGUGCCAACGCUGCCUUGGGAGAUUCGAGGGUCGGCGGCGUGCUCGACACGUGGUUGACGCCUCUCAAGGCCGUCCGCCAGGCAAACGCAGCCGAGCUGGAUGCCAUUUCUGACGCCAAGGACCGCGUGGUCCGCAUCGCCGAGAUGAACGUCGAGGCCGGUGUCAAGGUGCUCAUGGCCAACGCCAACAUCCAGGAUGCCAUUCAGGAGAGGGGCCUGCAGGUCCACGGCUGCAUUUUUGACCUCGCUUCCGGCAGGAUGAAAGACCUUGGCUAUGGUAACGCCGCCAAGGGUCCCCAAAGCGGCGACGGCGAGGUUGUUAGGGGCAGGCACGCAACGCUUGUCUUCCGUGGUGGUAACGCCUCUAUGACGGCUCGCUGAAGUGGUCACUGAUUUUUAUGCCAACAUUUUCUCAUGAAUGACUAUUAGCCCUGGCUGUACUGACCAUGAAAACCAUGGCUUUACUUGCUCUGUGUAUUGAGGGAUACAAUUUGCUUGAGCAAAAAAGUACAUAUAGGCUUCGUUUCUUUCUCCCUUUGUUUUCUCCUAAAGUUUCUCUUCUAUUUUUUUUUUCGUUUCACGCAGAAAAUGCAAAAGGUUCUGUGGCACUGCAAGACAAGAGCGGUCUUGAUAGAGCAUUCGUGUCUAGGGAGUUUGGGGGUCAUCUCUCGGUUCAAGGGUUGAUAGGGGGCCUAACAUACGAUGAUUGUUUUUUCACGGUUCUGCGGAGUCGUUUGAUAGCCGACGACUCAGGCAUAUACAUAUAUAUCGACUACCAGCAAACUCAGUUCUUGAUGGUUCUGAACCUGGGAUAUGUAUGACUCCAACAAAUGCCGGCAUUUGUUUAUUCUCUCUUGUUUCGUUGAGGCUAUGCCAACAAGUCAUGAAUAACAAAGACGUACGAUAUGU